CACUCACCCGCUUCAACAAAAUCUGUGUAGCCAUCCAGUCAUGGCUGUAUCACGUGCUCUUCGCGACGCGCCGAGCCUUGGAGAACGCGUCUUCAAUGGGUGGCGUCCUAACCACCCUCUCUCAUAUCAGCAUCGAACAAAUAUCAUGCUCAACCGUUCAUAUAGAAACCCUCAAGUUGAUCGCAGCUGACAAGAACCGGACUUACAAUGCAGCCUUCACACAGUUCUUACUCACAUCUUCAAUGCGGGGAAAUCUCCACGGAACCGAGGCGCUUCGCUCAUGCAGAUCGAGUAAGCGUGCUACAACACCAACGGCUUCUCUAACACGAUGAGACACUCGUAAGCCCCCGUACAGCGGUUCAAGAUGUCUAGAGCAAACAACGUCGGCCCCAAAUCGAGCUUCGGGCCUGUACCGACGCGGUUGCGACAGAUCGCGCUGGUCACUAAGGAUCUUGAACGCGCGAAAUACCUUUUGACACAUGUCAUAGGCACAGAAGUAAUAUUUGAGGACCCGGCGGUCGCUCAAUUCGGGCUCAAAAACUUCCUCAUUCCCCUCGGAGGCGAUAUCAUCGAAGUCGUAUCACCAAUCAAAGAGAACACGACAGCGGGCCGAUUACUCGAGAAGCGCGGCGAUGGCGGAUAUAUGAUCAUAAUGCAGACCGAGGAUGCAAAGAAGCGGCGCGAAUACAUCGAGUCGAAGGGGCUGUCGAAAGUUAUAUGGGGAUACGAGCAUGACGAUGUAGUCUGCGCGCAGUAUCAUCCCAAAGGCAUCAAAGGCGGCAUGAUGCCCGAAUUGGACUCGCACGCCCCGAAUCCAGACAAUCCCACCCCUCUCAAAUCGCGCUUUUCUCCCUGGCACGCCUGCGGAUCCGACUACAAAGCGUAUUCUGAGGGCAUGAAGCGCUCGUCGCACCUCACGCUCGAAGGCUGCGUGUUGCGGCUCGCGCCCGGCGAGCUAGGCCACGAAGCCGCAGCGCGACAAUGGGAGGAGAUAUUUGGGGUAGCGCGGAGCAGAGAUCUUCUAGCGUUCACAAAUGCCAGGCUAGGGUUCAUAUCGGGAAGAGAAGGGGAGCCCGAAGGCUUAGUGUCGAUUACGGUCGGUGUGAACGGGCGGGAUAAGUUCCAAGGUAUCUUGGACAGGGCGAGUAAGGAGGGCUUGUGUGGUGACGGAUGGAUCAACAUGUGUGGAAUCAAAUGGUAUUUCGUUCUCACUGGUCAUGGCGAGACGAAAGGUAAGCUAUAGAAGGUACUCAACACUAAACUCCAAUUCCGGGCGAUUCAGAUUGUUUGCAGAUGUCCACCCUGAAGUGACAUCCGGGAGGAAGGCUGUGAAUAAGACGCCAUUCGGUCAUAUCGAACCCGGGGAGAGCGACGAGAGUGUAGUCUGGCAUAUGGGAAGGCAACGAGCGAAGAAGGCCG